AUGGGCGAGGCGGACCCCGGCGAGCUGCGGGCGGCGGGCACCGACCCGGCGAUGUCGGGCACCGACCCGGCGAUGUCGGGCACCGACCCGGCGAUGUCGGGCACCGACCCGGGCGAGCCGCAGAAGCCUCCCUACACCUACGUGGCGCUGAUCACCAUGGCCAUCCGCGCCAGCCCCGAGCAGCGGCUCCCGCUGAGCGGCAUCUACGCCUUCAUCGCCGAGCGCUUCCCCUACUACCGCGUCUGCUCCCCGGGCUGGCAGAACAGCAUCCGCCACAACCUCAGCCUCAACUCCUGCUUCCGACGCCUACCCCGCCGCGGCAGCCGCGGCGGCGACUGGGUGCUGGAUCCCGCUUUCCACGACAUGUUCCCGGAGGGCGAUUAUCUCCGGCGCCGCCGCCGCUAUCGCCGCUCCCCCGCACCAUCAUCAUCAUCAUCGCCGCCGCCGCCGCCCGCCCCGCUGCCCGCCGCGCCCUGGUCCCCGCCGCCGCCCGUCGCGGUGCCCCCGGUCCCCGCAGGCUGCUCGCACGGGCCCUGGGCAGCGCUGGCGCUGCCCCGCGGGUGCCUCUGCCCGGAGCUGCCCGGCUGGGCCCCCGCCGGGCUCCUGGGGCCGCCGCAGGGCUUCCCCGCCUGGCCGCUGGAUGCGGCGAUGCCCCGCGAGCUGGGCGCCAGGAUGUCGCCCUCCUUCAAGUGA